GCUCAAUUUUACUUUUCAAAUUUACUUUUUCGAAUCGGGCUAAAUUAUUUGCAUUUUUAAUCUGCAAAGAAAAAAAAAACAGUUAACUAUAGUUUUAGUUAACAGGAAUUAAACAUUCAGUUUUGCGGCUGAUUUAAAAAAAGUCGCCUAGAUGCAAAUAAAGGAAAAUAUUUAUUCAUAUUUACAUUGGAAUCCAGUCUUACAAUGAUGACAAGCAGAAGUAUUUUAAAGAAGAUUAAAGUGGAAGAUCUUCCAGCAGCUUUCAACGAAGUUCAAAUUUUUGUGACGAAUGAUGAUGUCGUGUGUUCUGAUGUUGGGGACAUUCUCAGAUCUCUUUACUUCUUUAUUUCAUCCAAAGAAAAUUCAAAAGAUGAUGAUAAACUGCAGAGUUCAACUUCCGAUCUUAUAAGCAUAAUUUCUUUAUGCAUAAAUCUUUCUGAAAAAAGAUUCUCAUUUGAAGAGAUAUCUAACAAUAAAUUUUUCAAUUCUUUGUAUCACAUUACAAAAAUUCUUCUGAAAUUGGCUAUCUAUGAUGGUGCUUUGGCUUGCAUUGAGUGUGUGCAGAAGUUGUUUCACAAAUUUCCAGAUUCAUUGGAGGACUUAACAAUAAUAAUAAGUAAUUUAGUGGCAAGUCUUUGGAACGAAUCUUUAGAAGCUGAGAAAAACCUGAGUUGUGCCACUGCAUUCAAAUUACGGUGCAAAUGUUUUGAGCUGCAAGUCUUACAUAAUGUUACAAAAGUUCUUGAAACACUUCCACCAACUCUGAAAAGAUAUUUUCAAAACUGCAAGCCAGAUACUUCUUCCGAGUUGAUAGAUUUUUUAAGUAUUAUAAGUAAGCAAAUAAAUCUCAAAAAGUCAGACUUCAAUGAUUGCUUAAAUCUUCUGAAACUUCUCUCGUCAGUCGUAGAAGUUAUAGUGAAGUUCUUUCAACUUGAUGUCGCUACUUGUCACUUUUUCCUGAAUUGGAUUUCUGGUAUUUUAGAAACAAAAUUUCCCAAAAACUCCAAGCAAAGAGCUGUUCAAAUUUGUUGUGAGGUUUUAAGGCACAUACUGCGAGUUCUCGUUUUACGGGAAAACUCUGUGCUGCUGAAGACGAAACUCUCUCAGUUUGAGAAACUCGUUGCUGAACUUAAAUGUGAAAACAUGUUUGAAGUUGAUUUAUUUUCUAGCACUCUUUCUACCUUUCAAGUUAUUUUUAAUAGCAAUUUUGAAUUGGAAUCCAAUGAAGAAAACUUAAAUCGUAUGCCUAAAGCCCAUAUUGAAUUUUGUACAUCUAUGUGUCGCUGUUAUCUCAACAUGCCGUCUUUGCCACAUUAUAAGGAAUUGUAUAUGUUUUCUUUAACUGCAGAUACAGCCAUAUCUAGUAAUUUAGUGAAGUUGCUAAGACUGCUAAUAAAGAAAGAGGAAGGUGCAGCAAAAAAGUCUGAGCUUAUUUUAAUUGCGCAAAGGUUUGUCAAAUAUGCUGUCUCCAAAUUAGAAUUAAAGUUUUCUAGCUAUCCAUCAAGGAAAGGUCAUUCUAGAUUUGCCUUUGCUGUUAGUAGCUUGGGGUAUGAUUUCUAUUACUCAGAAGACUAUAAUGAAAGUUGUUUUUUCCUGGAAGUGGCCACUGAUUUGAUGACAAAAUUUUCGGUAUCUGAUUUAAUGGAUGAAAAUGAAAAUAUAAUGCUUACUUUAUGGAAGAUGAGAAACAGCUUGAUUUAUUUAUAUAACUGUUUGUUCAAGUAUGACAAAGCACUCCAGACUAUUGGGCUGUGUAUGAUAAACCACAGUGAUAAAAUACAUGAAUGUAUGAAGUUGUGGAUGAAAGUAAAGAAAUCUGCUGUUUCUGCCAAUAAUGAAGAAGUUAUCCCCUGGACCAUUAGUGAUGUUUUACAAGAUAUAAAGGCAGACGUGAGUGAAAACAUUGAAAUUGAUUUCCUGAUGGAGGAAUUGCGAAAAUGUAGCAGUGAAAGAAAUUUUCUGGAAGCGGAAAUUAUUGCCAUUGUCAACAGGCUUUCAAAGCUACAGUGUCCAGAUACUUUCAAAGCUGCAUACCACACUGAAAUUUUAAUGCUGCCUACAACAAUAGUUGAAAAAGUCUGUGAAAGUUUAAGGCUUUCUGUUUCAGAAAUGUGUUUAGAAAUUAUCAAAUUGCUUAAAGGUCAUCUUAAGGAUAAUCCGAAAGACAAUAAAGCAAAACUUCAAAUCUCCAUUGCUUAUUUUUGGUUAUACCAUUCUCAGUCUAAGUUGUUACAGAAAUUUGCAGAGGAGGAAGCAUCAAAUUGCCUGAAACCAUCAGCUGAUGUUACGAAUGAUGAUAAUGAAGAAAUUGAUGUGUGUGAUAUAGCCCCAACUUUCCCCUUAUUGACAUUGUCUGUUGAAAUCGAAAGGUUACAGAAUUUAGAUCAUGCUCUUGACCUGUGGACCCAAAUUUCCCAAGAUUCUGUGCAAGCUUGGUCCACCCUUUCUGGCGAAGUGAAUCUUUGGAAUGUUUUAACCAUAAUAAAUACUACAGCUGAAGUAUAUGCUACCUCUGUCCACGACAUAAAAGAACUGAGGUGCUUGCUGCUUAUGCGAAAUAUUGCAUCAUUACUUGGAAACGAAGAAAAGGAAAUCUGCAGUUCAUUAUCAUUAAUUCAGUUUCUCCUGCGAUUUGGCUAUUUGAAACUUGCAUCUCAUCUCUUGAAAUAUGUGGAAACAUUAUUUCCUAAAGAGGAGGAUUGCUCCUUCAGCUUACAAGUUUUAAAAUUAAAAUCGUGUUUGACUACGAGUCAUGUUUUGUAUCACGAGGGAAAAUUUGAUGAGGGAUUAUUGCUUUUACAAGAAGUUUUUGAAAAUCCUCUCUUAGAGAGAUAUUACAAGUCCACGAAAGUUCUUCUUAUUGAAGCCUUGCUUUUAAAGUCCAAGUUCCUGCGAGUGUCAAAUGUGGCUUAUUCAGACACCAAAAAUAUAAAAUAUUUACUGACUCGGACUGAAAUUAUAGCCACAUUAGAAGCUACAGCAUUAGCUAAAGGGCUCUUGAAAAGUUCGUCUAAUGAAGAUUCUGAAAAUUACCCAACAAAUUGGAUUAAUUAUAGAGCACAACUACUCAAGUAUAUCUUAAUGCUAUUUUUGCAACUUGGGGAAUUAUUUUUCCAAAAUGGAAAUAUUCGUUAUGCCAGGUGUUACCUUCAAGAAGGGUUAAGAAUGUCACAAUCUAAUCUUUUGACAUAUUGGUCUUCAAAAAUUUUGCUGCUUUUGGGACAGAUUGAUUUACUCUGUGAUAACGUAAAAGACUGUGCUGUUAAACUAUAUGGAUUAAAGUAUAUUAUGGAUGAAACAAUAAAAGAAAAUAUUUCUUCACUUCUAUCUAACUUAGAGAAGACGAAUAUGUCGGAAUGUCGAGGCAGCUCUGAAAAUUUUUUUCUGGAACACAGUGAAACUCUGGAACCAAAAAGGGACGUCAAACAACAUUUUAUCGAUACUUCUAAUGUAGCCUCUUCUCCAGUGCAAAAGAAGAAAGGCAAAUCUCUUGAAUUUGAAGUAAAAACUCCUACAAGUUUCACUAAAGACGUAAUGUCGGCUUAUGCAGUUAAAUUAGAGAUCUGGUACUUGAGUUGCUUGCAGCUUUUAACAGAGGGAGACAUGUCAGUUGCUGAAACUCAACUGUCUAAGUUAUUGAAAACUUGCAAAAAUCUUAAGAAUUUGUUUAACAUAUCUGAAAUGUUGGAUUUCGGGAAUUUGGACGUAUCUUUGAAAAAUUUGCAGCAAAAAUAUCCAUCAGGUCCAGAAGUGGUUUUGCCUGUCAUAGUUAUGUAUCAGCUAUCAUUGAUUCAGUUGCUUAAGAAUGAUUUUGAAGGUGUUAAUUCAACAACUAAACAAGCUUUAAAUGUUUUAAAUGCAUCUUCCAAAAUACCCAAGUAUAUUUAUUCUUGGGCUUAUGGCAUGUUACUGUUAAACAACACUGUAGCCUCAUUAAAGAAGAAAUUGUCCAUAAAAGGAAAUUCAAAUGUUGAAUUUUGCUCCGUCCCAUCUGUUAAAAACAAUAUCUUUGUAAGAAAAAGUGCUAUACUCGAAAACCUCUCUGUGUGCCAAACCCCUCCCAGAUACAAACCUAUUCCAGAUAUAGUUGUCACUACCCCUGUUGUUAACAAGAAAAACGUGUGUAAAGCUCCAGUUAAAAAAGAAGUUUUGCCUCAACACAUGGCUAAAGAUUUAAAAGAAUUGCCAUCCUUAACUUUUAGCUGUGGUAGUGAUGAUGAUGCCUUUAUUACUAGCACCAAGAAUGCUAAUAAACUAUUUGGUACUCCACCCAAGAAAGAUGUUUUGCCUCUUGCAAAUGAUUCGAAACAAAUGGGAGAACUGCCAGCCUUGCUCUUUAGCAGCAGCAGUGACGAUGAUGUGUUUGCCGCUGAUACCAAAAAAGCCCAGAAACUGUUAGGCACUCCUACGAACCAUGACAAAAAACCCAAAACUGCCUAUAAAUUUUUCAAAACAAAGAGUGAAAACGUUAAAAUAGAAUCAUCGUGCGAUGUGUGGAAAUAUUCUGUUAGCUAUACGCAAAAAGGUAAAAAGAAUAUGGGAAAGACGAAAACUGUUAACCUUAAAAAUAAAUCUAAAAAAACUGCAAUGAAGGCCAAAGUUGAACCGAGUUCUUCAUCGGUUAGAGCACCUAAAAAAGUAUAUAAUAAAAUAUCAAAAGACGAAUUUAAUAUCUAUGAAGAAGAAAGUUUUCUCUCUCCUUUGAAAGGUUCCAUCGAGCAGACGAGGAGCUCUGCUGAGAAAAAGAAGAAGUGUGAGGAUGACUCCCUAGAUGAUGUCAUGAGAGAUGCAGCAGAGGAAAAAUUCUCAUCUAAUUUGGAGGGGUUGUGUCAAGAUUUAAGCUCAAUUGAUAUUACAAAAGACUCACUGAAUGAAACUUUUAUUAAGAUUCCAGAAAACGAUUUGAAAAUAUUUAUUGAUGACUUGUCUAACAUCAAGGAACUCAUUCAUCAUAACUUGCCAUAUCCACUCUAUCGAGAUGUGUGCAAACUUUUAGCAAUACUUAACCUGGCAAAAAAUGAAGGUACUGAAAUAAAUAAUCCAGAUAAACUGAAUGAAAUCGGUUUCUACCUUAGUCAGACUGUCUCUACAAGCUAUGGGCAAGCUUAUUUGAAUAAUAAUCUCUAUCUAAAGGACAAAAGGAAUGAUCGAAUAUGCGAUCUUCUGAAAGUAACAGAUUCGUCUUUAAUUAACAAGAUGGAACUUUAUUUGAGUGCCAUACCCAAAGACUGGACUGUGGUUCAAAUCAAUGCUGUACCUGAUAAAGAUUGGCUUGGCGGUGCUUAUCAACAGCCAACCUUUUCUAAAUUGAUCAUCACACAAUAUCGCUCAAAAUUAUCUCCGCUAGUGAUUUGUGUAGACAGUUCAACUACUGGCGGAUUUAUCUUUGGUUUAAUGACGGAGUUUCAAGAUAUUUUAUUGCAAAGCUCAAUAAUUAUGAAAAAAACUAAUAAUCAUAAGAAGUGGUGGCAAACUCGUUCUUCGUUGGAUGCACGUCUGAAAAGUUUGUUAAGUAGCAUGGAGAAUUCUUGGUUAGGAUGCUGGAAAGGUCUUUUACUUGGUACUCCAGUGAGUGAAGAAAGAAAACAACAGCUUAUGCUCUCUGUCAAUAAAAUAUCAGAAAUUUCAAAGCCCUUGGAUGAAAGACUUCUACAGGUUUUGCUAGAUUCUGCCUCUUUUCUAAAACGGGAACAAUUAGCUGCCUGUAUUUGUCAUUUAUGGAGUUGUAAACCACACCAUGAAGUAUAUUCAAAACUUUUCAAGGCUGUUAUUGAAGAGAGCAAGAAAUCAACUACAAAGAGGAAUCCUGUUGUUCUACUUUUGGACAAAGAUAUUCAAGCAUUACCAUGGGAAAGUAUUCCCAUCUUGAGUGGUAAUCCUAUUACUCGCAUGCCAUCCCUUGGAGUUUUGAGUGCACAUCUAAGUCUGCAUGGAGAAGAUUCUAUCUUUCACAAAGGGAUGGAUUGCAACAAAACUUAUUACCUUCUCAACCCUAAAGGAGACCUGCUUUAUUCUCAAGAAAUGUUUGAAGGAAAAUUUAAGCUACAACCAAAUUGGAAGGGCAUUGUCGCUAGAGUACCCGAAAGUACAGAAUUCUUAGAGGCUGUAAAAGAGAAUGAUUUGUUUCUGUACAUUGGACAUGGCAGUGGCAGGCAGUACAUAGAAAGCAAUCUUGUUCACAAGCUAGAAUGCAAUGCGGCUGUUGUUCUGAUGGGUUGCAGCAGUGGAAGUCUUAUGCAGAGCGGAAGAAGAUUUGAAGCUGAAGGAUUUCCUUUGAGGUGUCUAAUGCAGGGAAGUCCAUGUGUUAUUGGCAACCUAUGGGAUGUUACAGACAAAGAUAUUGAUAGAUUUACUGAUAAAUUUCUUGAACUAUUUGUACCAAAUUAUUACAAAUCAAGGAGUGCUGUGGUUGAUGUAAGCAAUUCAGUUUCUCAGGCAAGAGCUGCUUGCAAAAUGUCGUACUUGACUGGAGCAGCUCCAAUUAUUUAUGGCUUCCCAACAUUGGCUGAGAGAUAACCUUAUUUAUGUGUAUAGUGUUUGAAGGAACUUCUAAUAUAAAGUACAAAAUUAUUUAAGUGUACAAAUAUUUUUUCUUGUACUUUAUAUAGUUAAAUUAAUUUAUAAUGUUGUUUUUAUUAUAUUAAAUAAUGAUGCAUUUUAAAAACUUACUGUUUCUAAAAGAUUCUUAUUUUUCAUAAAUGAUGACUGUGUUUAUAGUGGAUGACAAAAUAGUUUGAAUGAACUUAUUGACUUUUAUAUUUUUAAAUAAACAAUAUUUUAAAAGCUU